CUUGAACGUACAGAAUCUACUCCACCAUGGACAUUUUUUCGAAAUUUGCCACGAAAAAGCGGCCGUCGCCAUCGGCGGCUGUUGCUCCUGCCUUGGAGAAAGUAGAACCAGUCACGCAAGGAGAAAGCACUUCUUCUAUUGGUGAUGCGCAAGACCUUCAGAAGAAGGGAAAGGACAAAUCCCUAUCAUGCGAAGGAGCUCCGAGAGAAGGAGAACCAGAAGCAGACCCUGCACCUCCAGAAGACGGCGCUUUGCAGACAAUACCAGCAGCGGUAGUUCCUUCAUCUGAGCCCCCUGCGAAAAAGAGGAAGAAGAAAAAAUCAUCAAAGCUUAGUGCGAACAAAACCUCCGCCUGCCCCUCCUCGGAGAGCAAAAAUGAACAAGCUGCCGGGGACCACGGAGUAGACCAGCCGAAAGAUGAUGAAUCAACAGCUGGUGUUGACCACCGCGAGGCAACUAUAUUACAGCCAGAGGCACAAAGACAAACCCCACAUCAACCCCCGGCACAGCAGCAGCAGCCGUACACCUCCGCGACCCACAUCAUGCCGAAGAUGCCCUCGCUUUCUGCCACGGUGGAGUGGGAGCAGUUUGAUAUCGAGGCCAAGUCCAGCGCCGUGAACUGUGUCCACGAGAUGGUGAAGCCGAAGGGGUACGAGUCCCCGGCCCUGACAAAGGAUUUCAAGCCCGCCAAGCAGUACCCCUACACGUUGGACACCUUCCAGCGUCGCGCCAUCGACUGUCUGGAGAAGCGGGAGACGGUUCUCGUCUCUGCCCACACUUCCGCGGGGAAAACCACCGUGGCAGAGUACGCGAUUGCCAUGGCGUGCCGGGAUAACCAGCGGAUCAUCUACACGAGUCCAAUCAAGGCGCUGUCGAACCAAAAAUACCGGGACUUGUGCGACGAAUUUGAGGACGUGGGGCUGAUGACGGGCGACGUGACGAUCAAGCCAAAUGCGAGCAUUAUGAUCAUGACCACCGAGAUUCUUCGGUCCAUGCUCUACCGCGGGUCCGAACUCUGCCGCGAAAUGGCCUGGGUGGUGUUUGACGAGGUACUUUUUCUAGUUUUGUCGGGUUUUGUUUGAAGUUGUAUAUGUAUUUCUGGAUCAACAUUUUUCGUGAAGCAGAUGUAAGAAAAUUUCUCCUCUGUGCAUACUUACGCAUGUAGCGAGUCUGUCACAACCCUAUCCUCUGCCGUAGUUUCAUCAUCUUCCGCGUAUACUUUGACUGACAGCACUGUCAACAACUGCCAUUUCUUUGCAAGAAUCUGCAAAUAGAACCUCCACAAACGGGAAAAUAGAUUUAAAAAAAACUGCUUCCUCCGUUACUGCACUUACAUAUAUACGGGAUUGAUAAAAUCUACCAGGUCCACUACAUGAAAGACCGGGAGCGAGGCGUCGUGUGGGAAGAGACUAUGAUCCUCCUCCCCGACACUAUUCGCAUGGUUUUUCUCUCCGCGACCAUUCCAAACGCGAACGAGUUUGCCGAAUGGAUUUGCCGGAUCAAGCAUCAGCCGUGUCACUUGAUUUACACCGACUACCGACCGGUGCCGUUGCAGCAUUAUCUGUUCCCGUCUGGGUCCGACCAGGUGUAUUUGGUUUUGGACGAAUUGGGAAAUUUCCGGGAGGAAAACUACCAGAAGGCUAUUUUGACCAUGCAAUCGGUAUCAAAUGCAAAUAUGUCAUCUGGGUCUGGAAGUACGUUGGAAGACUUGUCAUGCCGGUUUUAUUCCAGGUCGCGUGAGGUCUGUCAUACAUGACCCAGCAUGACAGAUUCUCCCCGACCUCUAUCAUGCCUCGUCUGGAUGAGAAACUUCCUCUCAGCUUGUGUCCAAAUUGGGCAGCUUUUGGGAAUCAUGCAACACAGACUUUUGCACUAUCCAGUAUUGGCAUGACAAGUUGCAACAUUCUUCCAGACCCAGACCACAUAUUUGCAAUGCAUAAUCCGCCACAGAAAACCAAAUCACGGAUGACAAGCGGAAGUACGCGAGAAGGAAACAAGAUUCCGGGCUCGCGACCGAUUUGGAGAAGGUAUAAUGCGGUGUACCUGUUAAUUUUGUGUUGCUAUUCGGCAUCAGGAUCAGCAUGAAAUACAGCAUGAGAAAAAAUGUUUGUCAUGCAGCGCUGGAUGCAUACUAGGGUAUAAAAAUGAUACUCCAUAUCAAAUUCACAUCAAACUACAGGUGAUCGGCAUGUGUAUGACAAAGAACCACCUUCCCUGUAUUGUCUUCAGCUUCGCCAUAUGGAUUGCAAAAAUGUCUGGGUCUGGAAGAUUGCAACUUGUCAUGCUAAUUCCGAAUAAUGCAAAAAUCUGUGUUGCAUGAGUGCCAAAAGCUGUCCACUUUCGACCAAGUUGGGAGGCAGUUUCUCAUGCAGGAUAGGCAUGAUAGAACUCUGACAGAAUCUGUGAUGCUAUGUCCUACAUACCAGACCACUCAUGGGUGAUGGAAAUCCUGCAUGACAAGUCUGGCACUCUUCCAGCCCCAGACAUUUUUACAUUUGAUACGCCAAGAAGCAGGUCGAGAAAAACGCGACGAGUUUGAAAAACCUGGAUCUCACGACCACGCAGGAGAAGCUGCUGAUCAAGGAGGUUUAUGCAUUGCAAAAGUAUCGUACUCGUACAGAUCGCAUGACAAAUUUGCUCAGCAUGAGAAAUACGAAUUUGUCAUGCUGUUUUACCCUGAGAGGAAGAUCUGUCAUGCAUAAGUGCGCAUAGUGUUAGUACGAGUGCGAUGCACUUUUGCAAUGCAUAAGGUUUUUCAAAACGCGGUGAAGACUCUCCCGCUGGAGGACCAACAGCUGCCGGCGAUCGAGCAGCUCUGGAACCUGGUGGUGAAGGGAAUCGGCAUCCACCACGGGGGGUUGUUGCCCGUGAUGAAAGAAGUCGUGGAGAUUCUGUUCCAGGAGAAUUUGUGCAAAGUACUGUUCGCCACGGAGACUUUCGCCAUGGGGGUGAACAUGCCCGCAAAAACCGUGGUGUUCGCCCAGGUCCGGAAGUGGGACGGGAAAGAGUCCCGGGUUUUGAACACAGCGGAGUACAUUCAGAUGGCCGGGCGGGCGGGUCGACGCGGGAAGGACAAGCAGGGCUUGUGUAUCGUGUUGGUGGACGAGAAAAUUGAACCCGAAACCGCGAAAACGAUGUUUUUGGGGAACACGACAAAACUAAUCUCCGCGUUUUACCUCGGCUACAACAUGCUUCUGAAUUUACUCCGGAUUGAGGGCGGGUCCGCAGAUAUGGAGAGAAAAAAGUUUGUCACAGUCACUAAGUGUAAGUUGCAGGUUUUGCAUUACAAAUUUUAUCUGCUAAGGAAAAUCAGCAUGCAUUACACAUUUCUUUGUCAAGGCAAAUGAGCAUUACAAAGUUUUUUCGUUUUUUGAAAGCAUUUUUGAUAGCAUCACAAGUUUUUUCGUUUUUUGAAAGCACUUCGUUUUUUGAAAGAAAGCACUUCGUUUCUCUAAAAGAAAGCACUUCGUGAAUAAAAAUAACUCAUGCGAAGAUAGGCGGCAGAUACUUCAACACCUGCGCAGCUUGCGGGGGGGUGACUCCUGUGGUCCCCCCCCACCAGCUGUGCCAUUUCUCAAAUCCCACAGGCGUGCGUUUUUUUUUUUCCAGCAGAGGCUGGCGGGGAACAAAUAGCCAGGGGGGCUAUUUCUAUGAAUAAAAGUAGACGAAUUACAAUUACUCGCCGCGUAGGUAAAAAGAUAAAAGCGACCAGCUUCAACAUCAAUUCAGCUGAGUCCCUACUUUCUUCUUGUCACUAUAGCAAAGUAAUUUUGAAGGAGGUGCUGGGCUGUUUGUGCGACAAUAGUGAAGCUAAAGAAUGUAUUGCUACUGGCCGGAGGAUUCUCUACGGGCCGCAACCACGGGCGAGCAGGAUGCAGGGUCGGAGUCGUGCGAAGACCGAGGCGUGGCGUGUGGGGACCGAGAUGCGACGGGAGCGGAUCUUAUCCAAAAGGUACGGCCUAAGGCCUCGGGAACGCCGAGUACACCCGCGCACUUCUUCGUGAAUCGCCCCCCGCUUUUUGCGCGACGGAUAUUAGAAAAAAAAAAAAGAAAAAGAACGAGAAAAGUCGGAAAAGAAAAAAAAAGAAAAAAUCAAAAGAAAAUAACAACAAAAAAAAAAAAGGAAAGAAAAAAAGAAAUCAGAAAAAAUUCAAAAGAAAACCGACCGAAAUCCACGCGCGAGAAGUUUUGCAAAAAAAAAAAAAAAAAGUUUUGCAUUACAAAUUUUUUUAGCAUCACAACUUCUCCUUGUAUUGCAGAAACACUAGGGAAAUCCCUUAUGAAGUGUGGCUGUGAUGCAUUUUUACGCAUGACAGACAAUUUUGUAUUGCAAAAAUGCCCAUGAGUGAUCGUGACGAACUUUUUUCUUUUGGUAGCAGAGUACAUGAUUGAGCGGAGUUUCCACCAGUUCCAGCGCGACAAGAAAACGUUAGCGCGGAAGGAGGAACUGGAGGCGAUAGAACUGAAGUUGGAGACGAAGUUCGACGAUUUGUGCGAAAGAUAUCUGACCGAUGUGGACUACGUGAAAGAGGUGGCGGAAAGGAGGAGAAAAGAAGAAUCAGCAGACGGCCAUGAAUCUCAAGCAGGAGGAAAAAUUUUUACAACAAGCUCGACUUCUUCAAGUUCUUCAUCAAAUCAUAGAUCUGGUUCAUCUACUUCAUCAUCGUCCGAUGCAACGAAAGCCGGCGCCGGUGCCGCGGGGGGAUCUUCAUGUUCUACAGGGAGCCAUGAUUUAUCCAACAGCACCGAGUUGCCGCAGCAUUUGCGGAGUGCAUCAAGUUCGAAGAAGAAGAAAAAGUCUUCGAAGGUGAACAAAAUAAAGGAUCAUGCGACAGGACGAGAAGUCAGCUCAGCGACAGCGGCGCAUAAAAAUCCAGAACUGAUAAAUUCUCCGCCUGUCUACAACAAACUCCAGGUGGAAAAAGAAACGAACAUCAAGUCGCCCGCCCAGUUGAACGAAAUUCUGCAAAAGUUCACGGAUCUGAACAGCACCACGGUUCUGCUGAGAGAACAACUAAACCUGUUGAAAAACAAGCCGGAAAAAAUCGCACCUUUUCUGAACGCAGGGCGAGUGGUGCAGGUGGACAAGUUCGGCUGGGGGUUUGUGCUCAACUUUCAAAGAAAAGUGUCGACUUUGCAGCAGGAUAAUACCGGGAAAAGGUACACCAGUCAGCAGGAUGAGGAAGACGACGAGGAAAAAUGGUGGAAAGAAUGGGUGGUCAACGUGUUUUUACCUUGCAAAGGAGAUGCUAGUAGUACCCCAGGAGCAGCUUGUGCAACAUCAUCUUCGGCCGCAUCUACUUCUUCGACAUCAAAAGAUAGCGUGGCAAGCAAGAAUUGUUCAACGGCGACAGGAAUGGAACCAAAAAUGCAACAGGACAACUAUCCCGAGCCCGGCACCGGCUCUGCCGCCGUGCUCCCCCUCGACAUUUAUCAAAUCACCAAGGUAAGCCAGAUCCGCGCCCAGCAGAUCGAGAAGCGAACGAAGGAGGAAGUUUUGAAGGUGAAGGAAACGCUGCUGGCGUCUUUAACUACGAUUAUCACGCAAUUUGAGGAGAAGGGGGGCGUUCCGGAAUUACAUUUGGAGAAAGAUUUGAAACACGACAAGGAGACGGUCUUGGAGAUUGAAAACUUGUUAAACGAGUGGAAAAAAACCGAGAAGGAAAUUUGGGACGUUGAGGACCAAGUUUUGUCCAAGUUCCACCCGGUGUUUCGGGAAAUCUUGCUGGAAAAAUUCGCGGAAAAGGUGAAGUUGGUGGAAAGGAAAAAGGAAUUAGAGCUGUUACUGGAAAAAUCCGCGCGGAUGCAGAGCGGAGGAAGUAGUUGCAGCAGCAGUAGUGGUACGGUGUCACCACCCGCUGCAGCUCUCGCAGACGGAAAUGAUGAUGAAGCAGCCGCGAAAAAUCUGCAGCUUGAUGUCACGAUCUCCAGCGAAAACAACAACGAAAAGAACAAGACUUCAGCAUCUUCUUCCGGAACAGCUACAGCCACUGCAACUACCUCCAGAAGUAUUAAAAACUCGACAUCUUCUACUUCAAAAGUCGAAAUCGACACCGGCGUGUUGGAGGACCUGCACGGCAUGCAGCAGGUGCUGCGCCAGCUGGACUUUGUCGACAAAAACAACGUUGUGCAGCUGAAGGGCAAGUUAGCGUGCGAACUCUCUUCCGCGGACGAAAUCCUCAUGACAGAACUCGUUUUCCGCAACCACUUCCAACAGCUGUCGCCGGAACACAUCGUUGCUUUGAUCUCCUGCAUGGUGUUCGACGAAAACAGCAAGGUAGGAAGCAACGGCGGGAAGGGCAAGGGAAAGGGCAAGGGACAUGGGGGAAAACAAGGAGGAGCCUCAAAGUCUUCUUCCUCGUCAACUGACCCCUCAAGCAGCGCAGACCCCACCCAGCAGAAUGCGGCCGCGCAACCCCCGGCGACCAAGUACCCUGAGCUACAAACGGCGUACGAGAACAUGCGCAACAUAGCCGCGGAAGUAGGAGAAACUAUGCAGAGAGCAAAGUUGCCGAACUUCGACAUCGAGAAGUACUGCGACAAACUGAAGCCGCAGAUGAUGGAUUUGUGUAUCCACUGGAUGGAGGGCUACGCUUUCCAGGAUUUGAUGAACGCAACGGACAUUUACGAGGGCAGCAUCAUCCGCGUCAUGCGGCGGCUGGAGGAAUUGUUGCGGGAAUUGGCGCAGGCGCUGAAGACGAUUGGGAACGUGCAAUUAGAGCAAAAGUUGCAGGAAGGCCGGAUGUAUGAAUUGCAAAUAUGUCUGGGUCUGGAAGAAUGCAAGCCUGUCAUGCUUGUCUCACAUGACUCUUAAAUCUGUAAUGCAUGAGCAGGAGGGGGAGGGCAGCUUCACUUCUUACCUGUCAUGGAAAAAUGCAGUUUGUCAUGCGGGAAGCGAAACACAUAGGACCUCAGGAGGUUGUCAUGCGUGGCUGCAUAACGCAGUGCGCCCACAAUGCACACACUAGCAUCACAAGUUUCCAGACCCAGACGUAUUUGCAGUUCAUAGGACGAAACUGAAACGCGGGAUCAUCUUCGCCGCAAGUCUGUAUUUGUAGACAUGCAUUACAAAUUUUUUCUUAAGCUAAAUCCGCAUGACAAAUUUUAUUUCUCAUGCUGAGGAUAUUUGUAAUGCAUUUAUACGAGUAAUAAACUUGUGAAGAAGUAGAAGAAGAGUUUUACUGGUGAUGACCAUUGUUUCAUUUCGCCUUCCUCGCUUGAAGAUGAUUCUGAGAAUGAAAAUAACGCGCAAGAACGCAGUACUACAGAACGGCCAAAAUAAAUUCACCCAACACCAUAAACGACGG